AAAGAGAGAAAGAGAGAGUCUAUGGUGGAGAUGUGUAUAUCUGAAGCGAAAUCAGAACCCAAAAAGUUACAGAGAGCGUGGCAACGGUCGGAAGCAUCUCCAUCACAUCGUUUUCCACCACGGGAAAAAAGCAGUCUUUUUGAGUCCCGUUUUCUAUUUCUCUGAUUUAGCUUAUUUACAAUCAUAAUCUAAUCUAAUCCUCCUACACACAUAUAUAAAAAGGUAGUCAGUCGUACCUGUAAAGACAACUGCUGAUGAUGAACAAAGCUAGAAGGGAAAGUGGUGAUAAGGGUUGAAGAUUUCACUCCUCUAAAAGAAAACCUUUCCCCUUUUCCUUAUUUUCUUCAUUUAUUUAUGAACAGGGCGAAAUGGCUGACGAUCUCUAUCUUUCCAUCAAGGAGAGCUCAACUGAGAAAUCACCUAAGAAAUCCUCAUUGCUAUUGAGAAUGAUUGUUUUGACUCUUACAAUGAUCUGUGGUCUAUAUAUCUGCUCAGUCUGUUUAAAGCAAAUUAGAUCCAGUUCUAGUGUUGAUGAGAUCCUGAAUAUUGAAGUGGUUGAAAGGCUAUGCCAAACACCUUACAUGGAAGCAUGGGAAAAACCUUUUAUCCACUUCCCAAAACCCAAAACGUUUAACAGAGCUGAAUGUUCAUGCAAUCCUGUUAGAAAUUUCGCUAUACUUUCUACACAAAGAUCUGGUAGUGGAUGGUUUGAGACAUUGUUAAAUAGUCAUAUCAACAUAAGUUCAAAUGGAGAGAUUUUCUCAGUUAAAGUCAGGAAGAGUAAUGUUUCGACAAUUCUUCACACGCUUGAUCAGAUUUACAAUCUCGAUUGGCUUACUAGCGCUUCCAAGAACGAGUGCACUGCUGCAGUUGGCUUAAAGUGGAUGCUCAAUCAGGGUUUAGUUCAGAAUCAUGAAGCAAUUACAGAUUACUUCAAAAGAAAUGGAGUCUCUUUGAUUUUUCUCUUCAGAAGAAAUCUUCUCCGAAGGCUUAUUUCAAUACAAGCAAAUGCUUAUGACCAAAAUGCUAAACCUCUCAAUGGAACACACAAAUCCCACGUCCAUUCCCCUCACGAGGCAGAAAUACUUGCUAAAUACAAACCAGUUAUUAAUACAACAUUGUUGAUAUCGAAUCUGAAACAAGUAGAGGAUCUGGCUGCGAAAGCUCUACAUUACUUCAACAGCACUCGCCACAUUGUUCUUUACUACGAAGACGUAGUCAAAAACCAAACAAAGCUGUUUGAGGUUCAAGAUUUCUUAAAAGUUCCUAGGAUGGAGCUAAAGAGUCGACAGGUGAAGAUACACAAAGGCGCCUUAUCACAGCAAGUUGAGAAUUGGGACGACGUCAAGAAAACACUUAAUGGAACCACGUACGAGAGUUUCCUCCACGACGAUUACAAGUUAUAGGAUUAAGAACCGAACCAAGUGUAAAUAAUUUGAGAUUUUUUGUUUGUUUGUUAAUUCAUUCGUU